UAUUGGAUGGAAUGAUUUUUCAGUUCAGUCUCGUCCUCUCGUCAGCAUUCAAAACGACAAACGUAUGUGUGUUCAUUGCAGUUCGUACAAAGUGGUAUUAAUUGAGUGUCGCUUCAAAUGAAAACGUCGUUCAAAGCACAUUUGUAAAUUACUUUCUUAUUACCCAGUUAUCUGCUCUUCAUCGAUCUGAAAUUUAAAUUCAGCAUUAUUUAUCUCGCGUUCAAGUGUAGUUAAGUAGUGAGUAGUGUAUUUUGAAAGUUCUUCUGUGGCAUUUACAUUUUUAGAAAAUAAUACUCCACAUUUUCAUCAUUUUUAAAAAGUAUCAUGGCAUUUAUUAGCAAAAACGUUGACGAUUUUGCAAAUCAAAUCGCCGAUUUGGAAACCGCAUUAUCAAAUCGACAGCUUAACGCGCUCGAAGCAAAAAUAUUUUACGAUCAUUUGACAUCAGUUUACGAGAACGUGAAAUCAUAUGAAACCCAAUUGAAAACCAGCAACGAGAAUCAGUCCGAAGUGCCAUCCGCCUGCUUCAUUACAAUACGAGACAUCUACUUGAAUACGAUCAAUCUUAAAAUAAAGUUAACGAAAGUUUUAUCGUCGACUGAAUCAACAUCAGCAAGCGGAAUCAUCAAUAUCGAAGAAACCAAUGCAACAAAACAGUCUGAAACGGCGAAAAAUUUAGACUUACAGCUCCGAAAACAAAGUUACCUAAUCAGGCAAAUGCAAUCGCUAGAAACACAGAAUGAUAUCUGCGCAACAAAGGCAGAAAUAUUAUACAAGCACCUUUCUCAACUUUACGACAUGUUUAUCUCAAAUCAAAUCCAGAUUGAAGCCAACAUUGACGACGAUGGCGAUUCUCUUCAAAAUCAACAAAAAAUUUCUACAAAAAUCCAACAAAUAGUGAUCGACUGUCAAACAAAGCUGAAGAAAAUCAUAAAACCAACGGAAUCGACCGGAUAUAAACGUUCAGCAAGCAUCUUUGCCGAUCCAACGAACAGCUUACUGGCUCAAUUGGCAAAUCCUGCAUCAAGUUUAUCAUCAUCGUUAUUUGGGGAUUUCCUGUCACCAUCGCCAUCAGUACUAACACCACCAAUAAUUCCACCAGUAGCACCAGGACAACAGCAACAGCAACAAUCGAUGCGGUGGGAUCAACAACUACAACAACAGCUGUUAGAUCAACAGCGAUUUAUUCCGAAUAAAGUCGGCACCUCGAAAUAUUCACUGGCUGGCUUAGGUCAGCAACAGCAAAAUCCAAACUCAACAUGACCUUCUUCGAAUCAGUAAUUUACGUGUAGAUUCUUCUAGCAUUAAAUUUCGUAAGCUUAUGUUAUUAAAGAGAAGUUGAUCUUUUUAGUGUCUAUGGAUUCUGAAUUAGGUAUACAAUUCAUGUUUUGAGUGUUAUGUUGCUAGAUAAACCGAUUAUGUUAAUCAAACAAAUUUAUAUUAUGCUAUAUUUUCCUAAGAUAUCGAUAUUCUACGAUUAAAUGGUUCAACUUGGUAAAUUA